AUAUCCCAAGAAGGUAGGAGUAUCCAAAUUGUCUGGCUUAGCUGGGGUUUAAUAAUGUUUUUCUUUUCCAGAGGGGAAAAGACAGCGAAGUGCCGUCACUCGCAUCAAGUGGCCACAUCAAAGGAGCGAAAGCAGGAGGCAACUUGAGUUUCAUCGAACUCAAGCUUGAUUAAGAUAAAAGCUAAUCUCUAGGAGCUCGGAGAAUGGAGAAAUUAAGUGAUAAAUUACUGACGCGCGUAUUCGAGUUCAUUCCUGGAAACGAUCGUUGACGAGUGAUGUGGGUUUGUCGUCGAUGGAGGACUGUAUUUAAAAAUAAUUUUAGCUGGAGCUUAACUUGUAAAAAGUCGAUGCGCAGGCAAAGAGCAAGAUUUAUGUGCAAGAUGUUGUCUGAAAUGAAUAGGCUGGUGACUCUCGCUAUUCCAGGACAACCUCAUCUGCACAUGAUCCUUCAGACUAUUGCAGAGAAUUGCAUUUAUUUGAAAAAUCUUGACAUUUCGAGCAAAAAAUUGAGGAACGAAUUUGCAAUGGUUGCGCUGUGUGAACGUUGCGAUUCUCUCAAUUAUUUAGACAUGAAUAAUACGUCGAUGUCAUCAAAAACUGGCAGAGCUAUUUUGUCAACGCUGUUGCGGAUGCCGAAGGAUACCUUAGUAAAUAUAAAUUUUUGCAAGUGGGUGAACCACGAAACUCUAACUAUUCUUUCAAAUCAUAUCAACGGCCGAGUCGCGGUAAGGUAUUUUCCUCAUGUAUGGCAUCAGAAUCUCGUCAUGAAAGAUUACAUGAACAAGUUAUUUGGGUUUAUUGCCAUCACUGUUACACGAAGAAAUUGCGCAUUUAUGGAGAAAAUGACGGAAUUGGGCCACUGUCGUAGUUUGAUCAUAGCUCUGAUCGAUCAUUUUGACGAAUCGACUCAAACGCGAUUUUUUAGCAGACUCCUGCGCAACGCACAAAUCCAAUGCAUUUGGUUCAAGCAUUCUAACUUAAAUUUAACUUCUUUAUGUGAAGCAUUUAGUGUUCCAGUAUGUUCAAGCUUAUCUUUCCUCCGCUUAGACCUUGAAGGUUGGCUGGACGACAAAGUUUACAAGACGAUUGUCAGCGCAAUACCAUGUGUGAAGUAUUUAUACCUGGCAAAGUUUACGCGUAUUAGAGAGGAUGUAUUCGAUGAUAUCUAUCAGUGCAAGAAGUUGGAAAUGUUAACUUUAAAUUUCGUGAUUCUGACCGUGAACGCCUUCAUCAAUAUCAGGACCAACCUACCACGGCUUCGGGUAUUAACACUUUACAAUGCCACUAACAUCCUGCCGGAAGAUAUCGCGGUCUUGCAGAGAGUCAUGCCGGACGUCCAACUGCUCUACACUCCGUCAUUACUUGGGGCCCUCUUCUCAUUCAUUGAACGCUAGGGUCUAGAGCAUUG